AUGGGCGGCGCACUCUCCGCCUCCAGGUCCGCCCCCGCCAGCCCUCCGCGCCAUUACUCCCGGGAUGACGGCACCCACGAUGAGACCGUCGGCAUCAUCUCCCGCGGCCCGGACCGCAACUACCAGAGCAUGAAUGCCGCGCCCCCGGCGCCAACAGCCACAGCUACGGCGCCCGAGCUGCGGCCCCGCAAGUCCAUUCGCACCACACACAACCACCUACCCUCGCAGACGGAAGAGGACGAGGAGGACUACGAUGCUGUGGUCGCGCGAGAGGAACGGGCGAGGGCGGCGCAGGUGAAGGAGCCGUGGUACACCAUCUUCCUGUCCAGCUUCCAGAGCAUUGAGCUUGAAAACAAGGGAAGCGUGGCCCGAGACCAUUUGGCGUUAGAGCGAACCUUUCUCGCCUGGCUCCGUACCUCCCUCGCGUUCGCCUCCAUCGGCAUUGCUGUCACGCAACUCUUCCGCCUCAACUCAUCCAUUUCCAACCCUGACUCCAGCAGCCACACUUUGCGCCAGCUCGGCAAGCCGCUAGGCGCGACCUUCCUCGGCAUCAGCAUUCUGAUCCUCUUCCUCGGAUACCAGCGCUACUUUCGCGCCCAGCAAUGGGUCAUGAAGGGCAAGUUCCCCGCGAGCCGAGGCACCAUCAUCAUCGUGUCCAUGGUGGCAUUCGCCCUCAUGGCGGUGAGCUUGGUGGUUGUCAUAGUAGUCGGCCCCACCGGCAACGAAAAGUAG